AUGUCGCUCCUUAAUCCCCGCACGCUCGUUGCCGCCCUUUUGUUGGCACCCACAUUCGCUUUGCCUGCUUCUGAAGCCAAGCCGGCUCGACUGGAAGAGAGGAAUAUCGGCAACGACGGCGAGCUCGCCGCCGCGAACCCCCGUGCCGCAUUCUUCCGAAAGGUCGUUGACGAUUCCUGCUACACAAACUCCAGCAAGGUGCCGACUCCAAAGGACAUUCCGCUCAAGGUGGGCAUCAUUGGAGGAGGGGCAGCAGGUCUCUACGCUGCCAUUCUGCUGGACUCCCUCGGUAUCGACUACGACAUCCACGAGGUGUCCGGCCGCGUCGGUGGGAGAGUAUAUACCCAUCACUUCGAUCAGCAGGCAUGGGACCAGUCGACGCCCGACGAUCCUGCGUACUACGACUACUAUGUGAGCGAGUUGGAUAACAUAAAAUCGCUUGUCGGAGUCUUCCCGCUGACGUGA